GUAAAAUUGUCAUUUGGCGGGCAACCCUAGCCUUAUAUAUUUGCUCGGCGGCUUCCUCACCCUAGUUCUGUAUUCGCUUCUCCUCCUUAAGAUCGAAGGCAUUAAUCGGCUGUUUCGGGAAGAACUCGAUAAAAAAUGGCUAGAGGAUUGAAGAAGCAUCUUAAGAGGCUCAAUGCCCCCAAGCACUGGAUGCUUGACAAGCUUGGUGGUGCUUUUGCUCCAAAGCCAUCUUCUGGCCCCCACAAAGCUCGGGAAUGUUUGCCGUUGAUCCUUAUUUUGAGGAACAGAUUGAAAUAUGCACUCACUUACCGCGAAGUCAUUGCUAUUUUGAUGCAACGCCAUGUGAUGGUAGAUGGGAAGGUCAGGACUGAUAAGACCUAUCCGUCCGGGUUUAUGGAUGUCAUCCAAAUCCCUAAAACCAAUGAAAAUUUUCGGCUUCUUUAUGAUACAAAGGGGCGCUUCCGGUUGCAUUCAAUUAGAGAUGAAGAGGCGAAGUUCAAGCUUUGCAAAGUUCGUUCUGUACAGUUUGGACAGAAAGGUAUCCCUCACCUGAACACCUACGACGGCCGAACAAUCCGAUAUCCCGACCCUCUGAUCAAAGCGAACGACUCAAUAAAGCUCGAUCUGGAGGCGAACAAGAUCGUCGACUUCAUCAAAUUCGACGUCGGAAAUGUCGUGAUGGUCACCGGCGGCCGGAACAGGGGCCGUGUCGGGGUGAUCAAGAACAGGGAAAAGCACAAGGGGACCUUUGAGACCAUCCACAUCCAGGAUGCUUCAGGCCAUGAAUUCGCGACCCGGCUCGCGAAUGUCUUCACCAUUGGCAAGGGAACAAAGCCUUGGGUUUCUCUUCCUAAAGGUAAGGGCAUCAAGCUCUCCAUAAUUGAGGAGGCCAGGAAACGCCUUGCUGCAGCUUCAGCUGCUACAGCCUGAUUUUUAGGAAUUUUUAUUCCGUCUGAUGUAGCUCUACGUCAUUAGCUAAUAAUAUAUAGCCACGUGCUCUUACUCUUUACUACACGGCCCGACGACCCGACUUGGACCGAAUCCGGGAUUACAUGUUCGCGUAUUUACUCGGUAUUGCUAGGUAU